GAAUUGUUGUUUCUGGAGUUGCUUGUUUCCCUGUAAGAUACCAAGAUGAGCUGCUUCACCUUUUUGAAGGUCAUGAUGAUCUUGUUCAACCUGCUCAUAGUCAUUGGUGGAGGAACCCUCCUAGGGAUUGGAAUCUGGGUCAGUGUUGACAGUGGCUCCUUUCUGAAAAUAUUUGGUCCACUGUCCUCCAGUGUCCUCCAGUUUGUGAAUGUGGGCUAUCUCCUCAUUGCCAUCGGAGCCGUCCUGUUUUUGUUGGGCUUCCUAGGAUGCUGUGGAGCCCAGAAGGAAAGCAAGUGCCUUCUUAUCAUGUUCUUUUCGAUUAUCUUGAUCAUCUUCAUUGUUGAAGUGGCGGCUGCGGUGGUGGCCUUGGUCUACACAUCACUGGCUGAGGUUAUAUUGCAAGAAACAGUGACAAAGUUAUUGAAAGCUGAAUAUGGAAAAAGUCCUGACAUUACUACAGUAUGGAAUGCCACAAUGAAGGAUCUGAAGUGCUGUGGUGUAUCAAAUUAUACUGACUUUGAUAGUUCUGUCUACAUGAAUGAGCAUCACGAUCAGUAUCCACCUUUCUGCUGCAACAGUGAAAAUACCUGCAAUGCUACUCAGGCUCAGCAAGACAAAGUGGAGGGUUGCUUCCCUCAGCUGCUGAAAGAAAUACGUAAGAACGCUGGUGUCGUGGGUGGAGUAGCAGCUGGGAUCUGUGCACUGGAGAUUGGAGCAAUGGCUGUGGCAAUGUACCUCUAUUGCCGCCUUGAUGAGAAAUAGCCGGUAUGGGCCGAUGGGAGGACUGCCUUACCAGGAGGCGAGAAAAUGGCGCACGCUGCAACCUUUUCUUAACCUGAGUUCACAACAAUCAAACAUUUCUUGGGCCUGACGCGCAUUGUAUGAUUUAACUAUUUGACUCUACUGGGCUGGAAUCCGUAGUGUGUACAUAAAUGAAGUAAGGAAAAAUGUUAUGAUAAGAAUUGUUUUGGAAUGCAAAGGACUCUUGGGCUGCAAGCCAGAAAUGACUAAAUCAACGUUGGAGUCAGGGAAGCCAAAAGUGACAGUAUUUCUGUCUUUUGAAAAUCGCUUGUGCCCCUGUCGAAUGUGGGGGUUUUUCCUGCUGGCUUUGAUGCCUCUCAUCCUGAGACAUGGGAAAUCUGUCUGGGAGAGUCAGUGGCUCAGAAUUCUGCCUAUGGCUUUGAAAGGCUCCGGUUCCUUUCCUAUACACACCAAACCAUAGAAUUAUGUCUCCUAGUGGUAUAAACGAGGGAGCAAACAUUGUUUUUAUCAAUACAAGCACAACAUAGGAGACAAGCAAAGAUCAUGAGCUGCUGUCAACUGCUGAGAGAAAAAGUGCAUGACUUUGAAGGACAGUGGCAUCCUCCUCUGUAGGUCACUGCAUGAGGACUAUCCUGCUCCCAGCAUAUUCCACAUGAUAUGUCUAUGGGUGUCUGGUUGAGCUGGCUCUAUCUGAAUGGAUCUCUCCCUGUACAUUGUCUGCCUCUCCUUCUCUUUUUUACUCUUAAUACAAUUUAAGUGAUGACCUAGCUAGUAAAUCAUAUUGUUUGCCCAUUGACUAUUGCAAUAAAGUCUACUUUUUAAUUAAGACUCACAGAUGUUGUCUAGCAGAGCUGAGAAUGCCAAUAUUAUUUAGAAUGUUUGCAGAAACUCAUCUGGCCCAGAGGAGAGAAACAUAUCUAGAGAGAGGUUUCCCUGGUGGGUAGUGCAGAAAUGUUAGAAGUGAAAUGAAGCCAUCAUGCCUCUUCCCUUGAGUUCCCUCAAGGACGAUGGAGUUGGGUGGGCCCAGGCUGCAUGUGCCUUUAAAGGAGGGGCCUUGGCCCAGUGGGAGGGUACCAGCCUUCCGUGCAAACGGCCCCAGGUUCAAUCUUGUCUAGAUAGAGCUGGGAACAUGCCUUCUUGAACUCUUGAGGAGUCACUGCUGUUUAGUGUCAGCUACGCUGGGCCAGGUGGGCCCAUGAUCUGACCUGGUCUGAGGCAGCUUGUAAAGUCCUUAAUGGCUUGUGUUACCCCUUGGUGCUUCAGCAAAAUCUAACCAGUGGGCAAAAGAAAAUGGAUUUACACUUGCCUGGAAUUGCAAUGUAUCAUUGAGGGCACCACAGGUUUGGGAUUGACCCACUCAGUAAGGUUUUCUGAGCUCAGGAGUUCAGGAGUGUUGUUCACAAGUGAUGCUGAGAAUUUCAUGAGUAUUGGAAUUUCUAGCAGCUGAGCCAAGGGAAAGGUUCAUAUUCUGUUUAAAUUAAUUUUGUUUUAAUAUACCUGCUCCUUUAUUGUAUUAGCAUUCAAAAGUGACUCCCUGGAUAAGAAAAUAUAAAUAAAAUGGAUUUAAUUUUAA